GGAGUAAAGUUCAGGUUGAGAGAGAGAUUACUGUUCUGCCACAGAGGAAGGACAACAUGAUGAAGACAGCUUCCUCCUCCACUUCCUGUGGCUCCUGCUGCGUCAGUCUGAAGAACAGGCGUCCAAAAGGUCUACCGAACCUCCUGAUCACCAAAGUCUGCCUGUACCUGCUCCUGUUCGGGGUGGUCUGGUCCAUCACUGGAGUCCAGUGUUUACCAGGAUCGAACCUCUUCGGCCUCGUCAUCCUCUUCAUCGUCUCUGAACUGGGAGGGAAGCUGGUGGGAUUGAUCCAGCUGCCCAGUCUGCCCCCGUUCCCCCCUCUGCUGGGCAUGCUGUUGGCAGGCCUGCUGCUCCGUAAUGUUCCCUACAUCGCUGAGGCCGUCUACAUCGACACCCACUGGUCGGCGGCUCUGAGGAACAUCGCCCUGUCCAUCAUCCUGACCCGUGCCGGCCUGGGCCUCGACCCCUCGGCGUUGCGGCGACUGAAGGCGGUGUGCGUGCGUGUUGCCAUCGGGCCCUGUGUGGUGGAGGCGUGUGUCAUCGCUGUGGUUUCUCAUUUCCUGCUGAAUCUUCCCUGGAUCUGGGGCUUCAUCCUGGGCUUCGUCCUGGCUGCAGUGUCCCCUGCCGUCGUCGUCCCGUCGAUGCUGCUCCUGCAGAAGGAAGGCUUUGGAGUGGAGAAGGGGAUUCCCACUCUCCUGAUGGCUGCUGGGAGCUUCGACGAUAUCCUGGCCAUCACAGGGUUCUCCACCUGUCUGGGAAUUGCCUUCUCCACAGGGUCCACGUGGAUGAACAUCCUGAAGGGAGUGCUGGAGGUGGUGGGCGGAGUCGUGGCUGGACUCCUCCUGGGCCUGUUCCUCUGCUGCUUCCCCAGCACAGACCAGGAGGACCUGGUGCUGAGGAGGACCCUCAUGCUGCUGGGACUGUCCAUAUUCUCGGUCUUCUGCAGCCAUGUCGUGGGAUAUGCUGGGGCCGGGGGUCUCUGCACUCUGGUUCUGGCCUUCCUGGCGGCUCUGGGCUGGAGGGCGGACAAGGCCCCGGUGGCGGCCAUGGUGGGCCGGUCCUGGGACGUGUUCCAGCCUCUCCUCUUCGGGCUGAUCGGAGCAGAAAUCACCGUCACCCAGCUGAACCCCAACACCGUGGGCUUCGGCGUGGCCUGCAUCCUGGUGGGUCUGGUGAUCCGCCUGCUGGUGACCUUUGGCCUGGUCCAUCUGGGAGGAUUCAACCUGAAGGAGAAGCUCUUCAUCGCUGUGGCCUGGCUGCCCAAAGCCACCGUGCAGGCUGCCAUUGGCUCGAAGGCGCUGGACUUGGCGAGGGAGCAGGGUGACGAUGUUCUGGUGAAGUUCGGUCUGGACGUGCUGACGCUGGCGGUUCUCGCCAUCCUGAUCACGGCCCCCAUCGGGGCGCUGGGCAUCGGGCUGGCGGGGCCCCGUCUCCUGGCCCGGCAGGUCAAAGAGGGAGAAGGUGAAGCUCCGCCUCCUCGCCAGGAUCUGAUCGUCCAGGAGAAAGAUGGAGCCACCCUGGAGAGCCGCCUGUGA